UACAGGUAACUAAGAUGGAAGAGUAGGUUGGAGCGAUAUUUUCUUUUCAAAGGAUUUUUGAAUGAGGAUUCAGAAGGAGACGCGAGAAUGGAAGUCAUCUGUGAAAUAGUCUUGAAAAUGAAAGGCGCUUACGUGAGUGGACAUUGGUGUUUCUACUAAUCUCUUUGAAGGCAGUCACGUGUUUGGUUACUUCCUCUCUGCUUAGUAUAGCCCGUCGUCUGCCAAGACCAGAGGUCUGGUGCUGUACGAGUUUAGUGUGUGAACGUGUUACCGAAAAAAAUUGUUAACAUUGUGCUGCACGCAUAAGGAUUCUUUUUGAAGUAACACACAAAAAAAAAAUUACUAAACGCACACAUACUUUUAACCAAAUACGAAACUGUGCUAAACAUUAAGGUACAAAGUACGUGAAGACAUGGAUAUAGAUCUCAGUAAAGUGUCAGAAUCUGAGUAUGACUCCAUUUUUCAAGUUCUUCAGCGAGACCAGAAGUUGAGAAAGUUUGAAGAAAGGAGAAUACACCAGUUGCGGACAGAAAUACAGCGACUCAGGAAGAGAGGGGUACUACGACCUGGCCUGGACUCUACACGUGCUUGUUCUCGUUGUCUGGCCGAGCUCGGUCGAAUAAUCAAUCGUGGCGCCCUCUGUCCAGCCUGCAAAAAGAGAGUAUGUAAGUCGUGCAGGCAAUACAGAGACGACGGGAAGCAAUGGCUGUGCGUAGUUUGUGAGAAACAGAGAGAACUGAAAGCCAUAUCUGGAGAAUGGAUGCAAGAACUUUCAUACAACUCCAGCCGAAGAAAAGGUACCCGUUCUUCUGCUCCAGGAGACAUCUUGUGGAAAACCCUACAGAGUAGGUUUAGAAAAAGUGUGGCCUUCAGUGACAAGCAUGUGACUAACGAAACUGGAGAACAAGCAAGUACGUCAACUGCAUCCUUCACCAGUGUCUCGUCAGUCCCUAAAAAACCGCCACGGACAUUUGAUUAUAAGACUAACUCUUUAACUCCCGAAAAAAACUCUUCAACGAGAAAUUCUUCAGAAUUAGGAGCAAUUCCUAAAGGUGAGGUACCUGUUGCCAAAUGUACAGACGAUAGUCGACAUUUCGUUUACCCACCCCCGACUAACAUGGAUAGAACUGUGUUGAAAAAAGUUUCAAGAAGGAGAAAAUCUUCUUCCUCGUCGUCUGUAGAGGAAGAUCAGGAAGGUAGUCGAGAGGAUGUGCCAAUUAGACCUAAUGUACCUCGUACUUCCCCUCUGGGCGGCAAGCGAGGACCCCAAGGUUCUGUGAUAUCAGUUCGAGGGGACACGUCUCCGUCUCCUAGAGAGAGUAGACUUUCGGCGGAGGGAAGUCCUGUAAAACAUAGAUCACAGUCUACUAGCAGCGAAGAUCAGGCAGCUCCUGUCCCCACUCCUAGGAAAAGGCUAAGUCCUUUACGUAAACAGCAAGCAGUCGUGGAGCCCCUAGAGACCCAUGAGACUUCCUCUAUCGACGUGGUUGACCCUGCAGUACCGAAACAAGAUAGCAAGUUCACGUUGUUAGGUAGCACCCACGACUCUGGAGUGACUGACCUUAGCUGCCCAGUGUCUCCUCGCACUUUUUCCAGUGAUCAUUCCAGGCAGAGCAGUGAUCUGGCUGGGGAAUCUAGCAUAGAUCAGGGACUUCCGAGUCCAUCUGCAUCGAGCCUGAGUGAGUCUGAAGUUGAGAAGACCACUGGAGUAAUCUUUAGAAAAGUUAAUUUAAAGAAGAAAAGGUCAUCAGAAGAACUAAUUGAAAAAUAUCCAAAUGAUUUUGUGGUAAAACACUAUAUUAUGAACUAUGGAAAUUUAUUUUGUUGUUGUUGCAAGGCUCAUAUCGGGAAUAUUCUCAUCUUUACAGCUGUAAAGGGCACACCAUCACAGUUGGACUAUUUAAUCUCACGUACUAACCCUAAUAACCAUUCCAAAUUAACCCUUAAUAUUAAGCCAAUACCCUAUAAUUCUGGUGUUGAGCUUGUAAACUUGCAGGGAGACAUAACUCCACAUACUAACACCAGGGGUCGGUUAAAUUGCUCAUUAGAUGAACUAACAACUUUACUUUCUAACUCGAAUAAUAAUGCUAGAAGCAUGCAGAUCUCAGAUAACCAGUUGAAAUUUAUGCAGAACUCUACAUUUCCGGGAAAUCUUAGCGAUAACAUUCAAAGUUCCUCGUUUUCUGAAGGGUGCAUGCGGGUUCGUGUUCCCACCUCAGUUUUUGAUACUUUUGGGUCUAACAGUCAGACAUUUAACUGGCCAAGCAUGAGGGUCAUUGCUGACAACCAAACUAAACCAUUCUUGACUUCUGUAGAGGUAGGGUCUUCUUCUCUGUUUCCCUUACCCAGUAACUGCCGCUCUCAGUUAACUGUUCACAGUGAUGGUGUAGAUCAAGAAAUUGAACAUCUAGCGAUGGAAGAACAACAAACCAUUAGAAGAGAUAGUGUAUCCAGCACGCCUACAGCUUCUCCGUCUCUCCAGCGUGUUAAGCAAUUUGAUCGAAAUUCAAGACGACUACGACUCCGUAUGCAGUCCCGACAAAGUCCAGAAUUCGAUAACAACAGGAGCACUCUCACCAAGGUACCAGCUAUUUCCACCUUCUGUUGUGAGGAGCCCAUUACAUUGUUUAGAGCCAGAAGUGCUUCGCUGCCAACCAGACAAGGAAUCAGUAGCUGGUCGGGAAGCUGGAGUCCCUGUUCAAUGGAAGGCCAGAUGUGGCGCCUUGAAGAGGACAUGGCACUAGCUGCUGCUUUACUUGAGUCACAAAGUGAGCCUGAUCUAGAUGUUGACAAGAUAAUACCGGAAGGGGAUGACUACAAGUUGGUGUUCAUCAGCAGCUCUUGCUCAUCUCAGAGUUCUGACCUAGACUCUGUAGCUAGCAGUUCGGACGAUGAAAUCGGCUGUGGACGAAUCAUGCGGGUCAGGUCACAUAUGGAAAUCUCAAAUGGGGCAGUAUAUAUUGAAGAUUCAGACUGGGAAUUUUUUUCAGAUUCUGAUUAUACCAAACGCAUAUCAUCCGCUCAUAGUGCAGCUGACUCUUUGUCUUCAGAGAUAUUUUUUUUGGACGAUCUUGAUCCUGCCGGAGAACAGAGUAGUCCAACCAGGAUUCUUGAGGAAAUUAGCUGUGAAGGUGAAAACUGCCAGAAUCAUAACAAAAGAGAAAGUUCUUCUGAUUCUAGUUUCAUAGGCAAUCGAAAUUUGGAAGAAUUUUGUUGCAACAGCCACACGUGGCUUUCUCCCGAACCUCCCGGGGUAGAAACUGCUUCAGAUUGUUCGUUUCUACAAGAAUCACGAGCUAUAAAGUCUCAAACUCUAGAUGAAAGUGAAGUUUCCAUCACUUCAGACUUUAAAGUGACUGUUAAAGUUGCAGAAAUACCUCGCGAUAAUUCUGUUAAAGAAUUUGAAUCACCUUUAAACUCUGCAGUGGACCUUCUACCUUCCAGACAUAACAACAUUGCUCAACAACAUGGCUGUUCAACUGGCGCCAAGUCAGCGUUAUUUGAAACCAGUGUAAUAAGUGAGCAACACCUGCCUGAUGUAACCUUCUCUACCUCACCUUGUGAGUGGACCAACUCUUACGACAACACUUACGAGAACCACAGUGAGAAGGAUAAGAAACCUGAUCGGGCUGCUCGAGUGAAACGAAGUUUGACUUCACAGUCCGAAGAAGGGGUAUACAACCGUAACAGUUCUGCGGGCAAAAGCCAAGACUCGUGGCUUUUUCCCUUACCUUCGCCCGAGUUAUCACGUGAUCAGCCAGCUUGUAUGAGAAGUUUACGUGUACAGCGAAACCUUCAGAAUAUAGGCUUAACUAAGCAAAUCGAAGUUAUUAGAAAAUUUGCGUUAAGUGAUCACUACAAUACAAAGGAAAAUGAGGAAUGGAGCUCUUCAAAAGAUGAAGAUGCGUUGUUAUCUCUUCAACCAAGAGAUUGUGUGACAGAUGAGGUACAGGAUAUUUCUUUGCUUUCAAUUCAUGAAGAAACUAUUUCAAACGAGAGCACAGUGAUGGAACAACUUGCUUCUGCGCGGGAACAACUAAUUUUACAUAGUGUUUUGGCUUGUGAUGAGAACAAAAAUAUGCUGCAAACAGAUUAUAAUGUACAGUUUACCCAACAAAACAGUGCCAGUGAACUUACAGGAUCACAAAAGUGUAAUGAAAAAGUGUCUUUUUCUCAAGAUAGUUUUACCUGUAAACCCAUAUUACAUUCUGGUAAAGUAUUAUCUUCUGAAAUAGAUCUUCAUGGGUACAAUAAAAAUGGAAAGGAAGUAAAUGGUAAUGCGGCAAUGAAUCUCACUAAAGACGAUUAUCAUAACGAGCAAGUAAAUGACGUUAUUGAAGAAGGCAUACAGAAACAAAUCCUGCCACUCAGUGCCACCAAUGAACUAUCACAAGAACAGGUUAGUUAUAAAAAUUUACACUCUCAAGAAAUUGUAAAAAGUAUAAACACACAACAAGAAGCUAAUCUCUGUCAUAAAGAACACGUGUCAGCUGAUGGAAUGAAUCAAUACUGGAUUGAGAAUGGCAAGCUACCUCCUUCAGAGAAGCACAGCUGUGAAUUUUGUUAUAAUCCGUUGCUUCCUAAACAAAGUGGCACUACUGUGCACACUGUGGAUAAACAGGUUUGUGGUGAUGUUUUAUGUUGUCAUUCUAAUGUAUCUAAUGAGACAAAAAGUGUACACCAACUUGAUUAUAUGUCAUUUCAUCCAAAAGUAUCAAACAAGGAAAAUACACAGAAACAAAAGUUCGAUGAACAUAUGCUUUUUCCACAGAUAAAUGCCAUCAUUUCAUGUAACACUGAAUGUCAAAGUAAUGUCUGUAAUGAAAGUUUUAAAGACAUAAUGACUGAUGCUGAGUUUAACAAUACCAAUAAAGUAAGUAGAAGACUAGAAAACCAUCAGUUGAUUGAAAAUACUCUACAAAAUAGAGAGAUUUUUCAAGAAAGUGGGCUUAGAGGGCAAAAAAUGGGCCAGCAGAUUAAUAAAUUAUCCUCUCAAGAAAGUGAUACAUUUAGAGAUGUGUAUGACAAUCAAGUUAAAAGCAUGUCACUUAUGGAAAAACUUGUCCCAAGUGAACCUGAAGUGGACACACAACUUUGCCAGAAGGAAAGUGCUCAUCACAAAUGUAUAGAUGGUCAACAGGCUUAUGAUAACGUUUUAUUUGUUCAAGAUCAUGUAACUAGUGACAGUAUAAGAGAGCAUCAAGUAGGUAAUGUAGCAUGCAAUAAUAAAAGUGAUGCUAAUGAAGCAAACUUAGGGCCACAGUUUAAUUCCAAAUAUAAUAAAUGUGAGGACCUUUGUGUGUCAGAAAAGGAGAGUAACAAUAAUCCAGAGAACAAAGAAAUAAAAAGUUCUCACUUGUAUGAAGAAGAUACACAGAGUAAAAAUGGGGAAGAUACAGUAGUGUUUCAGGAAAGUGCAAUCAGUGAAAGUACGAACACCCGUUCAUUUCACAAUGAGUUUAUGCUUUCAAAGAGUAGUCACAGAGAUAGAGAAGAAAAGCAACAGGUCAAUCUUAAUCAAAGUGGAGCAGAUGAAGAUCAGCUAUAUGAAAGCCAUGACUUGCUUACUUUGCAAAAUAUCUCUAAUGAAAACAAAUGCAACUUAGAGGCAUUACCUGAACCAGACAAUGAUAGUGGAGUAUUGCCAGGAUCAAAUACAGAAUUCAAUCAAUCAUUAGUCCUUGAUUUAAAGUUUGGCCACAAAACACCUUUACUCUCAACUAUGGAUGAUGUAGGCAUAACCUCCUUAUUUCCUGGUUCAGUGAGUAAUAAAGAAACACCAAUGAUAGAUAAUUGUGGAGAAUCAGACAAAUUACCAGUAUUACCUUUCCUGGAUAAUACUGAGAAAGUUCCGAGUUCUUGUGAUACAAAUAUAAACCUGAAAAUGCCUGAAUUAGAAAAUAGUAACGAAACACCAGAACCAGCUGAUACAAAAGACAGCAAUAAAACAUGCAAAUUAUCUGAAUGGGAAAGUAUUAAGGAAACUCUGUCACCUACUGUAUUGAAGGAUACAGAAUUGAUACCAACCUUACCUGUAUCAGGCACUGAUAAAACAUCACUACUAUCUGUUAAUAUAAACUGCCCAGAAAAUAUUUUAACAUCACCAUAUUCAGAAAAUAUUAAUGAAGCAUCAAAAUUACCCAAUUCAGGAGACACUGAAAAAACACCAAUGAAAGAAAUUGUAGCUUUACCCAGUUCUGAACUUAUUACAGAAGCAGAAGCUCAUUCAGAUUCAGAAGGUGCUAACCAUGUGUUUUUAUUACCCGAAUCAGAUAAUAUUACAGGAAAACCAUUUACACAUGAUUCAGAAAACAUUAAAGAAAUGCAAAUAAUGCUUGAUUCAAAAGAUACAAAGGAAGUGUUAACAUUACCUGAUGUAGAAGAUGUCGGAGAAGUACAACCAGUACCUGAUACUAAGGAAACAUUAACAUUAGAUGAAACAAAAGAUACUACUGAAGAAUCAACAUUACCCAAUUUAGAAGGUAUUGAAGAUACUAAAGAAGUAGCAAGCAUACAUGGUUCUGAAAAUUUUAACAAAGUCCCAGCAUUGCCUGAUACAGAAGAGACCAAAGAAGCAACAGUUAUAAUUGAAUCAGGUGAUAAUAAAAAAUCCCUAAUGUUAACUGAUAAAGAAGGUAUUAAGGCACCAAUAUUACUUGAUAUAGAAGAUACCAAAGAAGCAACAACCAUAGAUGAUCCAGAUGCUAAUGAGAAACCACAAAAGUUACUUGAUCAAGAAGUUACUAAAGAUGUAAAAUUACCUGAUUCAAAAGGUUCUCAAGAAGCAAAAAGUAUAGAUGAUGCAGAUAAUACUGGCAAAUCAUUAAUAUUAUCAGAUCAAGAAGUUAUUAAAGUACCAACAUCACCUGAUCAGAAGGUUACUAAUAAAGCAGCAGCUAUACAUGAUUCAGAUAAUGCUGACAAAUCACUAAUAUUACCUGAUCAAGAAGUUACUAAAGAAGUACCAACAUCACCUGAUCAGGAAGUUAUUAAAGAAGCACCAACAUUACCUGAUCAAGAGGUAACUGAAAAAGCAAAAUUACCUGAUUCAGAAGACUUGAAAGAAGCAACAACUGUAGCUUAUCUAGAUAAUACUGACAAAUUGCCAAUACUACCUGGUGAGGAACAAACUAAAGAAGCAACAUUACCUGAUUCAGAAGGUUCUAAAGAAGCAACAGCUAAAGAUGACCUAGAUAAUUAUGAAAAAUCACUAAUAUUACCUGAUCAAGAAGAAAAAAUAUCCAAUUCAAAAGGUUCUAAAGAAGCUGAUACAGAAGAGACCAAAGAAGUAAUAGCUAUAGUAGUUUUAGAUUAUAGUGAAAAAUCACUAAUAUUAUAUAAUCAAGAAGAAACUAAAGAAGCACUAACAUUACCUGAUCAAGAAGAAACUAAAGAAGCACUAACAUUACCUGAUCAAGAAGACACUGAAGAAGUACCAACAGUACCUGACACAGCAGAUAACAAAGAAGCAAAAGCUAUAGAUGAUCAAGAAGAAACUAAAGAAGCACUGACAUUACCUGAUCAAGAAGAUACUGAAGAAGUACUAACAGUUCCUGACACAAAAGAUAACAAAGAAGCAAAAGCUAUAGAUGAUCAAGAAGAAACUAAAGAAGCACUGACAUUACCUGAUCAAGAAGAUACUGAAGAAGUACCAACAGUUCCUGACACAAAAGAUAACAAAAAAGCAAAAGCUAUAGAUGAUCAAGAAAAAACUAAAGAAGCAGCAUUACUCAAUUCAGAAUGUUUUGAAGAAUCAACAGCUAUAGAUGAUCCAGAUAAUACUGACAAAUCACUAAUAUUGCCUGAUCAAGAAGGUACUAAAGAAGCAACAACUAUAGGUGAUCCAGAUAAUACUGUCAAAUCACCAACAUUACCUAAUCAAGAAGAAAUUGAAGAAGUACAAACAUUGCCUGAUCAGGAAGUUACUAAAGAAGCAACAAUAGAUGAUCCAGAUCAUACUAAUGAAUUGCCAAUAAUACCUGAUCAAGAAGAAAUUGAAGAAGUAACGAUAACCAAUUCAGAAGGUUCUGAAGAAACAACAACUAUAGGUGAUCCAGGUAAUGCUGACCAAUCACUAAUAUUACCUAAUCAAAAAGAAACUAACAAAGCACUAACAUUAUCUGAUCAAGAAGAAACUAAAGAAGCAAGAGCUAUAGGUGAUCAAAAUCAUGCCGACAACUCAUUAAUAUUACAUGAUGAAAAAGAAACUAAAGGAGCACCAAAAUUAUCUGAUCAUGAAGUUACUAAAGAAGCAACAACUAUAGAUGAUCCAAAAUCACUAAUAUUACCUGAUCAAGAAGAAACUAAAGAAGCAACAGCUGUAGGUGAUCCAGGUAAUGCUGACCAAUCACUAAUAUUACCUAAUCAAAAAGAAACUAACAAAGCACUAACAUUAUCUGUUCAAGAAGAAACUAAAGAAGCAACAGCUAUAGGUGAUCAAGAUCAUGCUGAAAAAUUAUCAAUAUUACCUGAGGAGGAAGAAAUUAAAGGAACACUAGCAUUAUCUGAUCAUGAAGUUACUAAAGAAGCAACAACUAUAGAUGAUCCAAAAUCACUAAUAUUACCUGAUCAAGAAGAAACUAAAGGAACACCAGCAUUAUCUAAUCAUGAAGUUACUAAAGAAGCAACAACUAUAGAUGAUCCAAAAUCACUAAUAUUACCUGAUCAAGAAGAAACUAAAGAAGCAACAGCUGUAGGUGAUCCAGAUCAUGCUGACAAAUCAUUAAUAUUACCUAAUGAAGAAGAAAUUAAAGGAACACUAGCAUUAUCUGAUCAUGAAGUUACUAAAGAAGCAACAACUAUAGAUGAUCCAAAAUCACUAAUAUUACCUGAUCAAGAUAAAACUAAACAAGCAACAGGUAUAGGUGAUCCAGAUCAUGCUGAUAAAUCAUUAAUAUUACCUGAGGAGGAAGAAACUAAAGGAACACCAGCAUUAUCUGAUCAUGAAGUUACUAAAGAAGCAACAAUGAAAAGUGAUCCCAAAUCACUAAUAUUACCUGAUCAAGAAGAAACUAAAGAAGCAACAGCUAUAGAUGAUCUAGAUCAUGCUGACAAAUCAUUAAUAUUACCUAAUGAAGAAGCUAAAGGAACACUAACAUUAUCUGAUCAUGAAGUUACUAAAGAAGCAACAAGUAUAUCUGUUACAGAAAAUACUAAAGAAGCAACAAGUAUAUCUGUUACAGAAAAUACUAAAGAAACAUCAACAGUACAUGAUUUAAAAUAUAUUAAAGAAUUGCUAACUAUACAGGAUUCAGAAGACAUUAAAGAAGUACCAAUAUUACUUAAUCCAAAAAAUACCAAAAGAACACCAGGAUUACCUGAUUCAGAAGAUACUUCAGAAGCACAAACAUUACAUGAUGAAGAUGAUACCAACAAAAUGCUUACAUUACCUGAUUUAGAUGGAAUCGGAAAGGGACAAAAAUUGCAUAAUUCAGAAGAUAGUAAAGAAGAAUUAAUGUUGCAUGAAUCAGAAAAUGCUAAAGAAACUUCAAGUAUACCAAAUUUAGAAGGUAUUACAGAAGUACAAAAAUUAUGUUAUUCACAAGAUUUGAAGGAAAUGCCAGCAGUGCCUAAUUUGCAAGAUAUUAAAGAUGUUACAAAAGUACCUGAUUCAGAAGAUACUAAAGAGAGGCAAGCUAUACUUGAUUCAGAGGGUACUCAAAAAACAUCAAUUGUAACUGAGUCAGGUGACACUAAAGAAAUGCCAGGUAUAUGUAAUUCAGAGAAUAUCAAAGAUGUAUCAAAUAUAAAUAAAGAAGAUACUAGCAAAACAUCAAUAGUAUCUUAUUCAGGAUAUGAUAAUAAAGAUACAGAAGACUGUAAAACAGUGUUAACUGUACCUGUUUCAGAAGAUAGUAAAGAGGCAUUUACUACACUUGAUUCAGAAGAUUCUAAUAAAAAACACAUAAUAACUAGUUUAGAAGAUAGUGAAGAAGCACUAACAGCAGCUCAUUCAGAAGAUACCAAAGAAACAACAAUCAUAAAUGAUUCAGAAAAUUCUAAAAAGGAAUUAACUUUACUUGUUUCAGAAGGCACUAAAGAGGAACCAGCACCACCUGAUUUAGAAGAUUCUAGUAAAAAACAAACAAUAAUUAGUUUAAAAGAUAAUACAAAAUCACCAACAGUAACAGACUCAGAAGAUAGUAAGAAAACAAAAGCACAGUUUGAUAUGGCUAAAGAAGCAUCAGCAUUACCUGAUUCAGAUGGCACUAAGGAAGAAUCAACAUUAGGUAAUACAGAUGAUUCUAAAGAAACACCAGUAUCAUCUGACUUAGGAAGCUGUAAAGAGUCAGUAGCAUUACUUAAUUCAAAAGACUUAAAAGAAACUUUGUCUUAUUCAGGAGGUUCUUAUGAGCAACCUACAUUAUAUGGUUCAGAAGAUUCUAAGGAACCAGCAAUACUACCUGUGUCAGAAGAUUCUAGAGAGAAGACAACAUUGCCCGAUUCAAAAGGUUUUGAGGAACCACUAACAUCAUUUGUUUCAGAAGGUUCUGGAGAGACAUCAACAUUGCACGGCUCAGAAAGUUAUAAAGAAAUGUCAGCAUUACCCAUUUCGGAAGAUUCUAAAGAAAGAUCAUCAUUGCCUGAUUCAGAAGGUUCUAAUGAACCACCAACAUCACUCAUUUCAGAAGAUUCUAAAGAGACAUCAACACUGCCUGAUUCAGAAGGUUCUAAAGAGACAUCAACACUGCCUGAUUCAGAAGGUUCUAAAGAGACAUCAACACUGCCUGAUUCAGAAGGUUCUAAAGAGACAUCAACACUGCCUGAUUUAGAAGAUUCUAAAGAGACAUUAACACUGCCUAAUUUAGAAAAUUCUAAAGAGACAUCAACACUGCCUGACUUAGAAGGUUCUAAGGAGUCAUCAACAUUGCUUGAUUCAGAAGAAAACAAGAAAAAAUCAACAUAUGAUUUAAAAGGUACUAAAGAAUCACUAACAAUACCUGUUUCAGAAGGUAAUAACACAAAAUCAACAUUGCCUGAUUCAGAAGAUACUAAAGACCUACUAGCUUUACAUGCUGAUGUAUUAUUUGAUUCAGAAGAUACUAAAGACCUACUAGCUUUACAUGCUGAUGUAUUAUUUGAUUCAGAAGAUGCUAAAGAUAAAUCAAAGUUGGCUGAUUUAAAAACCUAUAAAGAACCAUCAUUGUUUCUUGAUUCACUAAGUAACAUAAAGGCAUCAUCACUGACUAAUUCAGAAGAUAUCAAAGAAGUGCCAACAGUAUCUGCUUUAAAGAAUACUAAGGAAUCACCAACAUUACCUGUUUCAGAAGGGACUAAAGAAAUGUCAAAAUUACCUAAUACAGAAGAUUCUAAGGAAGCGUCAACGUUACCAGAUUCAAGAUUUUGUAAAGAAGUAUCAGUUUUACGUAGCUCAAAAGAUAAUGUACAAGCUCAAAUUAUACACGAGUCGGAUGAGUUUACAGAAGAACCAGAAAUACCAUCAUUAGUAAAUCCAGAAAACACUAGGAAACCAUCAGCAUUAUUCAAUUCAGAACUUCGUGCGAAAAUGUUGAAACUAUUUAAUUCAGAAGAUAUAAAAGAAUUAAUAAAACUUCAAGAACAACCAACGGCGCCUAAUUCAGAAAAUAUCGAGGACCCGCUAAAUUUGUCAGGUGGCGAAUCAUCUGCAGAUUAUACAGACAAAGCGUCAAUACUUCUUAGGUCAAAAAAUGAUGACGACAAGUCAGCAGUACUUGAAUUAAAGAAUGAAAAAGAAAGUGAUAAAAGAGUAGAAUUUAAUGAAUCAUUUCGUGAUAAAGUUAUGGAAAACGAUGAGGAAAUAAAUAUAUCGUUUAGUGACAAGGAGAAAGCAUCAGUAUUGUUAAAUGUAUGUAAUAAAGACAUGUUAAAAGCUUCAGAUUCAGACAUGACAGAAGAGACAGCAAAUUCCCGUGAAUUGAAGAACGAUAAAUAUAUCCCAGUGCAGCUAAAUUUCGAAGUAAAAGAGGAUGAAUUUAAUGUGGGAGAAAUGUCGACCCCAUUUUUUGUAAGAGGAAAUGAGGGAACAUUGUUAUUCUAUACUUCAGAAUUAUUAGCACCAUCUUGUUCAGAAGAAAAUCUGAAAGCACUGGCGUUAUUAAAUAUAAAUGACGGGAAACAAAUUUUAAGCAACUCAGGAGAAAAUGAAAAGACAACCCAGUUAGUUGAUUCAGAUGCGUGGGAGGAAACAUAUUACCGUCAUAUGCGUUCAGAAAAAACUGGAAAAACAUCGAUAUUACUUAGAACAGAAAAUCCUGAGCAAAGGUUGAACUUAUCUAGUUCAGUUAAUACUAAAUCCAGUCGUUACAUGUCAGAAAGCAAGCAAUGUUCUGAUAAAGUAUCUCCCAACCAAUGCAAUUGUUUCACUGGCAAAGGAGGCCAUGAUUUAAUAGGCAACUUGCCAAGCACCACCUGCCGUGCUGUAGCAGAUGACCAAGUUUGUAAGAAGUGCACACAGUCAAAUGGGGAGCGUAUACCACCUGACAAACACAACGAGAGGGAAAGUUGCAGUAGAGAGCUGCAGGCUGGGAAUCCCCGAACCGCAGCUCCACCACUAGACCAGAACAAUGAUGUCAGCCGGGUCCGUGACCACGUACAGGCCGGAAGCAGCCCAUGCGGGGGUUACUCACAGCCGGUUGGGCCACGGGAACUACACUUGAGCGCCGUUCUAGUCGCCAGCGAACACGCCUCAACAGAAACAAAGACCACUGUAUAUGAUAGCAGCCGUGCAGAGCUGGCAGGUGAAACUCACGUUCAUCGUGUUGUACAGGUAGAACGUCCGUCGAACCUGUUAGAACGUUUUCCUAGUGGCGAAGAACCCGACAAAGCUGAGUCUGACACGGAUUCUCAAGACACUGUGAUUGACGGAGAGAGUUACAGACGUAUAAGGAGUUUGGCUGUUACGGAAAAACUCCUUUGUGCUAACCAAGAGUUAAGCGUAGGUGUUGGUAGUGGGUGUGUUCUACUAGCUAGUGAGGCAAGAAAGGAGGCAACACCCGGACAAACCACUUUGGCAGUUUCGUCUGAGAGGUCAGCAGAAACUUUUCCUCCUGAAACUGACGGCUUGAAUUUGAUUUCUAGAGACGAUGCCAUAUGUGACGCUUUGUCGACAACAUUGCAAUUCUCUGCGCCACAGGACAGUCGUUCUGUAGGGAACGACAACUCCGAGUAUGAACUGGUUGAUUAUUGGCCCAGUAAAGGAUGUAUACCUUCCACAUGUAAAGCAACAGCUUUAGUUAGCCACUGUGAAAAUAAACCAGGUCACUCGACUACAGAUUCCAUGGGGCCUUCAAAGUUGGAGAAACCUAUUGUAUUUGCUGUAACCGAGAAGGAAGCUGGCGCAUUUACAGAAGACACUUGUGUACAGGAAGAGAAAACCGACGACAAUAUCACACAGAUUAAUGAAAAUACGCAUGCAGAAUCCGAAUUUGGAAAUAAUGAACAGAAAUGUGAAUUUAAAAACCUAAGCUUUAUGGUGAUUGCUGAAGAAUUAGACGAAUCGGAAAACUUUGAGGAUGAUAAAGCAAAAGUUGAGGAAUUUUCUUCUUCUGAUGAAGACUGUGUGGAAAACAGAGAAUCUCCCAGUGAAGAUGACAGUUUAAGUGACUCGUCAGAUGAAGCUUCCUAUUCAGCUCCAGUUAUGGGAUAUCUGACACCAAUGUAUGGAAACCCUUUAGCAUAUUCACUGCACACUAUCAUGGAAGAAAGUUGUGAGGAGAGUGAAAGAGGGUCACAAACUAACACCCCAACCAUCAGUUCCACAGAUUCACAGCUGGAUAAAUAUUUCAAUUUAGCAAUUGCUCGUGGGGUUGUUGAAGAUAAGAGAGCUUAUGAGGAAAUUAGCGAGGGAAGUUCUGAAAUCAGUGAUUCUUUAUCUGAAACAUCAGGAUCUAUAUACAGUGAAGUAGCCGAGGAAAAUUUGGACGAUGAUGAUGCUGCUGUCCUGGCAUCUUCUCGUUUGGAGAAAUACUUUACCUCAGGGUUACUUGGGUCUGAUAAUCUUACUUAUCCAGAAAACACUGGGUUUAGUGAUAUAAAUGAUAGCAUUAACAACGAUGACAAAGAUUUAACUACUUAUAAAAGCUAUUUAUUAACCACAAGCUCAAUAGAAGAACUCGUAAUUAAAGGAUGCACCAGUUUAUCUUGCAUUUCAAAAGUAGAGGAGAAUGCUUUUGACAAAGAUGAUAAUACAUUUGACACAAUUAAGAGAAAAAAAGACAAAGAUAGUUGUGAUACUAACAACAUUUAUGAAAAUAAAACAGAAGAAGAAGGAUACAUUACAAUAGAAAAUAGAACAAAGACAACAACUUUAGAAACUGAUCUGGAUAAACUAUCCAUUUUGAAAUAUUCCAGGCUUAACACAGUUACAACGAGCAGUUAUAGAAAUGAUACAAAUUGCAACUCAGAAAGUGAUCAAUCAUGUACCAGACAGACAGAAUGGAACUUGAAAAUUCCUUUAUAUGAUGACCAUGUGCAAACACCGUUAGCACAUAAUAAUAAUUUGUUUACAGACCAAGUUGAAAUAAUUAAUGACCAGGAAAAUGAAUCCUUAGAAGGGUUGCUAUUACAACAGGAAAUUCAUUUGAAGCACGAUAGUACAGAAUUUCAAUCAAUUCACAGAGAUAUCGCACCAAUUGCAUCACCAUCUGAUUCUUUGGGGACAAAAGAAAAUACCUGCCAAAUCAUCGAAGAUGAACAAACCAGUGCAUUUCCAUUAAAUAUUGAUUAUAAAAAGAUUGUUGAGGUUGACACCAAAAAGUGUAAUGAAUCUUGUGAUUAUAAAAAACAAGUGUGUGGCUUAGAAAGAGAUGAUAAUGAAAAGAAACAAGAAUAUACUGAUUCCUGUGAUCAAAUUUAUGAAAAGGAAAAUAAAACGGCUCAUAAACAAGACAAGUUUGUGAAUAUUGUUGACCAUGAACAUACUUUAGAAAAUCAGAAUAACGAACAUAAUGGAUGUGUAGUUCACCAAGAAAGCAAAUUCUUUACGAAAACUUCAAAAAUAGAUGAUAAUAGCUGUGAUAUAAUAAAUAAUAAUGAGAAGAAGAAUAUGGAUGAUUCUCUUGAAACAAAAGAGACAGAUGUUCCUUAUCCAGUUAAACAAAAUCAACAGGGACUAGGAGAACACAGUCAGUUUGCUGAAAUGUCCACAGCAGGUAGUUACAUCCCCGAAGAAUAUUCAGAUGAAGAGGCAUCUUACAUCAUGAACAGACUUAUGGCACAUCUCUCAGAAAGUGGUUCUGAAACAUCUACUAUGCAGGAGUGUGAAGAAGGGGGUGUACGACCUCCAUGGAAGUCGCUUCUAGAGUCGCAAAUAGCAAGGCUUAUGCAGACUGUGUCACCCACUGCUCUUUCAGAGGAUCUCAGUAGCAGCUGCAGUAGCACUUUGGAAAGUAACAAUAGUGACUAUGGUAGUGACACCCUUGAAUCUGGAGAAUACACAUCAACUGAUGACGAAGAAGUUGGAAAUUUCUCCAUAGGUGCUGGCACUGAGUUUAACAUCAAGACACUGCGGGCUUCUCUCCGACGAAGCAGUCAAACAUCUGCCAGUGGUGAUAGCUCGGAUUCUACAAUAUCUGAGGAAACAAUGUAUAUUUGCAAGCAGCUAAUGAGCUCUCUGAAGCAGUUAGCAGAACCAAGUGUUCAGCUAUCAGCUAUGACUCCUAGGCCAACACCAGAAGGAAGUGAUGACUUUACUCGAGCGAGAGACUACAUUAAAGACCAAAUUGUAGCCUUAAUGCAUUCUGUCACUACCAGUCAAAACAAUUCCCCAGCGAGGGAACGGCAUAAUACUCCAGCCAGUUUUCAGAUCGACCACCCUUCAACCUGUAUGCCGUGUAUCAAUGACAUUCAAGAAAGUCCAGAGCUAGAAAUUCCAAAACCUUCUGUUUGUCGCAGUAAUUCUAUUAAAAGUAAAGCUCCAUCUGAAUCUGGUUCUGAAGCAACAAUGUCUGCUAGUAUUAGUAUUCCGAGCUAUGAUGACUCUGAUCGAACCCCAACAGAAUCUGAGAUAUCACAUGAAAUGGACGAAUUAUUUGCUUUGUUAGAUGCUACUAGUGGUGCUUUUGGAGAGCCAAUGGCUGGUUCACGAUUAUCUGCUUACGACUCGGAACUGACCUUGGUGGACGAUUCUAUGGACGUCUUAAGUACCCCAGAGUGCACCUUAGUGUCACCUAACGAGGAACGAAUUUUUGAUUAUCCUGAACAUGAUAUAGAUGGAAAACCUUCAGAUCACAAUCUUGAUGGUAAAACUGUUGCAGAUAGCCAAAUUACUGACAAUUUUAGUGGUAUCUCAAAUCUUCCAGGUUCUCAGAUGGAAGGCCUUUCAUCAGGAAAAGUACUUUCACGCGAGAAAUCACGGAUCUGGCCUCAUAGCAGCAACGAAGAAUUAAAUGACAUAGCAGAAGAAGAAGACGAAGGAAGGAUAGGAAGUGAAGGAAUUUUUUCGAGAUACAGGUAUAGAAAACAUCAUGCUAAAAAGGGCGAAGUUCUUCGCAGUGCCAGCCCUGGAUAUCAUGGUAAAGAAGUGUUAAAUUGGAAACCUUCAGUAAUUGACAAUUCAUCAUUAAUUCAUGGAAAAAUGUUUGCCUCUAGUCCCUCAGGAAUUCAUUAUGUAACGGAUCUUCAUAGCUUAGACUCCCCUGGAUCCAGCAUGACAAGUUAUCUAUCUCAGUCACAUCAAGAUCUCACAGGCUGUAGUCACGCAUUUCCUACCCUACAGAAGUCAACGAGUGGAGAAAACAUUUUAAAAAACUCUCGAAGCCGAGAAAAAUUGGCAGCAUACAGAAAAGAAAGAGCAGACCGUCGUUCUUCUCUUCAUUUAUGGCUAGAACAAUCAACUGCAUUAGCAGAAGAGCAGAAAAAAAAUCGAGACAAUGAACUUGAUGAUGCAAAUGACGAAGGAGCAGUUCACGAUCCAGAGGACGACAGUCGUGGCUCCACACCCUGCCCCAAAGCCAUUAAUUCUACUGAAAAAUCUUGCAGUGAGAAUAACCUCUUAUUAGCAAACUAUCAAAAUACCGGUAAAACUGUUGUAAAAGUUUUUGGCACAAAGUCUACUGGUAAUAUUGCAGAUUUAGAGAUUGCUUCCAAUAAAAAUACUUUCCGAGAUACUGGUUAUUAUUCCUUCAAGUCGUCUGAAGAAAGUGUUCGUAGUUUGGACGAUUCCACUGCUAGCCGCACCUCAUCCACCUCUCUUCUUCAUCAGAAAUCACUCACAUCUUCAGAAACCAUACCAGAAGUCGAAGAAGAACCAGCUAAGCCUAGCGCUUCAGGAAAUCCAAGAAAUAUCUCUCUUAGUUCUGGAAAUAUACCUGACAGCGUGGCCAACGUCGCUCCUGCCAAAUCAAGCACACUGCCAAGUGGUGUGAGGUCCAGAAUAUUCAGCCAGCCGUCUACAAGCCAAAGAACCAGACAGUUCACGUCUUCUUUCUUCUCUACGUCUGGAGUUCUUCGCAAACUCACAGCUCUCAGAGAUGAAAGUGCCACAAUACAUAGAUCAUCACCUCGUGGCAGAUUACGGGGACGGACAAGGAUACCUUCUGGUGGAAAUGAAGAUGCUCGACAGAGUACCAGUGGUGUCCCACAAAUUUCUGUAUCAGACUAUGGAGAGAGUAUAUCAGGCCGUGGCAGUGUUGCCAGUUCAGAUAAGGACAGUUCAGUCCAUUUGGAUGAGGACGUUGACCAGGUGUUUUCCUAUCACUGUUCUAGUCAAGCCAGUCUUACUACCUUCAGUGGCCGUAGUGAGAGCAUGACAAGUGUCUACAGCGCAGCUGGUGGAGGAAGGUAUGGUACUGUUACUGUCACGGGAGAUGUCCUCUUUAGUCUCAGCUAUAACUAUAAAAGCAGCAUUCUUGAGACUCUUGUAAAAGAAUGUCGCAACUUGGCAGCAGUGGACUCCAAGCGUAACCGCUCAGACCCGUAUGUGAAGGUAUACCUAUUACCGGAUAGAACUAAAAGUGGGAAAAGAAAGACUAAAGUGAAGAAGCACACUUUAAAUCCUAUUUUUGAUGAAGUCUUAAGGUUUCCUGUUACUCUUAGUGAGUUAGAAACCCGCACACUGUGGCUUUCUGUGUGGCAUAGUGAUAUGUUUGGAAGAAAUGAAUUUCUUGGAGAAGUGAUGAUUCCUUUAGGUCAUGAUGUCUUGGAGAACAGCAAUUUGAUAUGGCACCCAUUACAAGAACGGCUUGAAGCUCCAGAGUCUCCACUCAGCUACAAAGGUGACCUUGCCCUGUCCUUGAAAUAUGUGCCACCAGAUGUCACUGCCACAAAAAAGGGAAAAGUCUCUUUAGGGGUGGCUAAAGGCUCGCUGCACAUAUUAGUUAAAGAAGCACGUAACCUUAUGGCCACUCGCUCUAAUGGAACUUCUGACCCUUUCUGUAAAAGCUACUUACUUCCAGACAAAUCUAAAAACAGCAAACAAAAGACUCCUGUACUGAAAAAGACUUGCAACCCUAAAUGGAAUCACACUUUUGUGUAUGAUGAUGUCACUCUAGAUGAAUUGAAAGAAAGGUGUCUCGAACUGACUGUUUGGGAUUAUGAUAAAAUCACAAGUAAUGAUUUCCUAGGUGGUGUUAGACUCAGUGCAGGGACUGGUAAGUUCCAGGGUCGAACAGUGGAUUGGAUGGAUUCUCAAGUGGAGGAAACGUGUGUUUGGAAAGCCAUGCUUGACCGACCCAAUAUGUGGGUGGAUUGUUCCCUGCUUCUGCGACCUAGUAUGCAGACAAGAAAGUCAUGACCAUCAACCAAUAAAAGUGAAUAAUGACUUUUUCAAUUUUACUGGCUGGUCCAGAGGCUCUCAGAGGCAGACAAUCUAAAUGUUUUUCUUUUCAAUUUGCAGAAGAUGUCUAGGUGUAUAUGUCAGAGACAAAUGUUGCUACAACUGAUAGUGUUUUGUUGUUAUUUUCCUCAGGGAAAGAGGGGAAGUUAAUGUUUAUUAGAUAAAAUUUAGUAAAAAUGGUCAGAUUCAGAUAGAAAAAAUUAUUGUGUGAUACUAUUUUUUUUAAUUCAAUGCAUGAUUGUUUGCAUUCUAAAAGUAUUCUAUUGGUAUUCUCAUGUAAUUUCUGUAAGCCUUUGAUGUGACCUUUAACCUUUCUCUAGAAACCGGAAUUGUUGUCUCACCCUAAAGUGAAAUUACCAGGUAUCUACUAUUUCUUUCAGUAAAGGUGAUUUCCAUUGUUUGUGUUACACCCAUUAUUUUUCUACGUAUAUUGCUAAACUCUAGUUCCAAUUCUAGUUACUGUAUUUAAUGUUUCCUGUGUUAUAAAUAAUGAGAGAAUACAUAUCUCUUAAUUAAAUAAGGUUCCUGACCUGCAAGCCGAGGUAACUUAGUAAUUCAGUUGUGGAGAGCAUUUAGCAAAUUUAUAAAGAAAUUUCACAUUCAAAUCCAUUAAAUAGAUGCACUGGUCAUUGUUAUCUUAAUUUUUCUUUUAACUUUAAGUUGUUAUAUCAACUCUCUUAUUUAAAAUAUAUUUUUUACUUUAGAUGCUUUUGCACAAUCAGUUGUUUUUUUUUUCAGUGAAAUUGACACAUUGAUGUCAUAAAUUAUAGGUCUAUUGAAAUGAAAGAGAAUUCAAUAAAAAAAUUAUAAGAAAGUGAAAGCCAGCAAAAAAAAAAAGGAUAACGCUUAAAAACAUGUAUACAUUGUGCUUAAACAAAUCAAUUUUGUAAUCUAACAAUUAGUUGAUAUUAAAAUCAAAUACUAAAAUGGAAAACAAUGUGAUCAAAAACAUACUUAAUAAUACCAAAUUUACUCAACAGGAUUAUUUUAUUAAACAGUAACUGACUGAAAACCAAACAGGAGUUGAAGUGGGUUAAUGGUGAAUAGUAGUUAGGACUUUUUGGCUUAUAGUCAAUUGCAGUUGGAAUAAAACAAUGGCAGAAAAAAUAGCAUGUGAAAAAGGUUUCCUUUUUUUAACAAAAAGAUAAAGUGACAUUUUGCAUGGACACUAUGAAGUAUUUGAGUUAAACUAAUAAAAUUUAGGUGCUGAUAAAAAGAAAUGCAUGCCUGAAAGAUGCUACUGACAAAAUAAAGCUGUAAUAAAAUACUUGCAGAAAAAUGUGUGUUACUGUUUAUGUAAUCAUAGGGAAGUUAAAAAGGAGGUAGAGAUAUGUAAAGGCAAAACAAUGCAAUAAUUGAUGUAAAUCAACCUAAUGGUUAAAGCAGAUGCUAAUAUAAAAAGUAGGCAAAGGUAGAAAAAAAUCAAAUUUUUUAACACUAAGUUACGAUGGAAUAAAAAUGGGAAUUAAGUAAGAAAUCAUAGAAUUAAAUGUGGUAAAAACUAGGUAAACAGAUGGUAAAGAGUAGGUAGCAAUGAAAGUAAACAACUAAUAGAAAGUUCGUGGUGAUGGAAAUAAACAAGCAGUAAAGAGUAGUAAUGGUGGAAGUAAACAAGCAGUAAAGAGUAGUAGUAAUGGUGGAAGUAAACAAGUAGUAAAGAGUGGUAGUAAUGGUGGAAGUAAACAAGCAGUAAAGUUAGUGAUAGAAGUAAACAGGUAGUAAAGAGUAGUAGUAAUGGUGGAAGUAAACAAGUAGUAAAGAUUAGUAAUGGUGGAA